AUGCGAGUACCACUAGAAAUUCUACGGCAGAUUCUCGAGGCCGCCGUGGAAGUCCUCCCAUUUUCAGAGUUAUUCCGUGCAAGAUUGGUCAAUACAUUUUUUGCAGAUGAAAUCUGGUUGCUCGUGCUCGAGUCUGAUCGCCUAGAGGAGGAUGGAUUGGGAUACAGAGAUAAAUCACAAGAAUUCCACUAUUGGGCAACAUUCCCGGAGCAUCUCAAGCGACAGUACCUUUAUCGAAAGAUAAAACGAUACCCGCAAGACCAGUCUAUGUUUUCCUGCUUUAUGCAUGAAGUUCUAGCCUUGGGAGCCGACAGCAUCAGGGAUAAGGAGGAAGAGGCACUGAUAUCAAAGAUGAUCGAUGCAGUAUAUUGGGAGAGGCCUAGGUGUGACGAGAUCUUUUCCUCCAAGCUUGCGUCCUUUUGGCUGUAUCGAUCGAGUAUUCAGAAUGGGGUUCCAGCAUUGGAAUCCCUACAUCCCCCGGAGGUCGACCUGAAAAUCGCGCUUGUGUGCAGUGCUAUUAAACACAAAAACUGCGAUGAGCUGCAGAAGCUUUUACAGAAUGGUGUGGCCUUCAUGACAGUAAGCUAUCGCUUUGGCGUGGCUCCCUUGACUUUCGCAGCACAAAAUGGAAAUCGAGAGACGAUGGCUACGUUGCUAAAGUACGGUAGGCCAGGGCCCUUGGGCUAUUGGAAUAGGAAGGAUUUCCAACGUGCAAUGAUAGCAGCCGCUGGGUGCGGAAACAAAGACACCUAUACGGAAUUGCUGGUCCACAAACCUAGACCAGGUGGCUUCUUAGGAUGGAAGCCAAAAAAGAACCCGGCAGCUGCAUUCAUGAAAGCAGUGCGAGAUGGAAAUGUUGGAAUGGUUGGCUUCAUCUUGGAGGAAUAUAUCUACGACGAUGUAGCGACCUUGCGAUGCAAGGGAUUGAUCCAUGCCAUUUCAUUUAGCCAACUGGACGUCAUGAAGCUUUUACUAAACACGGGAGGGUUUGAUAUCAACAAGCGACCUUUACCCUAUUCCAGUGGGUACUGGUAUGCUGCGCAAUUCGAAUGCCGCCCAGAUAUCAGGCUCGAAGUCAUCAAACUGCUCUUGGAAAACGGAGCUGACCCAAACCAAACCGGCUAUUGGAAGGUGCGCGGCUUGCCUUUACAGCAAGCAGUCAAGGAUGGUAACAUGGAAAUGACCAAGCUAUUGCUUGAAUACGGCGCAGAUCCAAAUGCCGUGAAGAUUCCCGAGAACCUUUGGCCUAAUGAGCACACGAUUCUGGAGCCACCGUUGCUCCUGGCCAUGAGUAGAAGGUCUACUGAGUUCAUUCGACUACUCUUGGAGUAUGGAGCAAAUCCAAGAUUCGAGUGGAAGGGCAGGAAUAUGUUGAUUGAUGCGACGGAGAAGAAGAUUCGUCGUGUCAAAGAUCUGUUCGUGGAGUUGGGUUUCGAGGAGAGCCAAGUUGAUGCAGAGUCAAUUGAGUAUAUAUUGGUCGAUGAGAGUGAAACGGCGAAAAGAUACUGUAAUUCAUACCUAUAA